AUGACCACCCAUAAGUCGCAGGGUCAAACAUUGCAACAUGUAUUGGUGGACCUGCAAAGUUGUCACAGAACUGAAGCUCCAUAUGUGAUGGUAUCGAGGGUCACUUCCCUUCGUGGGCUGCUUAUAUUACGUUCAUUCAAUGGCAACAUUAUCAGCUGUCAUCAAUCUUAG